AUCAAUAUGCUGGUCGUGGGUGUGUGGAGAUGAAAACGACGCAUACUCCGACAAUUCCCAGAGACGAAGGAAACUGCAAAUCAGCAAAUCAACAACAAAGAAAGAAAGAAGGUGAACGGAGCCGAUUGAUGGCCACAAGAGGGGCACGUUCGACCGUCGCCCGGCUCGACGAGCAGCAGGAGCAGCACUUCCGAUUCCAGAUGUGUCGAAGUCACGACGACGACGACGACUGACGAGCGCGAAUUCUUCGCGGCCGGAGACGCUCUUGCGGAGAAUGAAGGUCGACAUUCGAAAGCAGGGCAAUUGGAGGGAGUUUCAGGUUCAGGACAAUUGUCGAGCUUCUUGAGGCUUCUUCAAAGUUGGCCCCCAUCGCGGAUCAUUGUACUGUAGAAAGUUGGAUCGAGGGCGUGGAGAGCGCGGACCUCCUUUGAAUAUUUAUGGCGGGAAUCUCCAGCUCGGGAGCGGAUGGAAUCGGCUGGGCGAGGAGAUUGGAAAGUCUUUGAUUUUAAUGUCGGGAAUCUCGAUUUGGCUUCGGAUGGUAUCCAGUUGCUGAAUGUUUCGAAAUUUAGAGCAGAUUUGUCGGGAUGGAGCCGCUGUUUCUGCCUCUCAAUUGCGAUUUCACCGCCUACCAUGUGCUCCUACCAAUGCAGGGCAAGGAGUUUUCAUUUUCCGUGCACAACAUUCCCAGAGACAAGGCAUCUUUGCAGCAUGCCAUGUUGGAGUGUAAUGAGGAGCUCCGUACGAUUCUUAGAGGUGUAGAACCUGUGGUUCAAGAGAGACUGAAGCAAAGUUACGAUUUAAGUACCUUCGUCCUGGAGCUCAAAGAUAUUUUGGAGCGUAUUGUACGCACACAGCCAUUUGUCUCAUUACCGACACCAGCCUUUUAUUCCCAACUCUGCGCCAACCUAGAUUCAGUUGGCUGGGAACAUCUCAUUUGGCUCUCAGAUGAACUCUCUUCCCUACACCUGAGAAUUUUUGAUAGCGCAGGACGAGAGCACAUUGUGCUGGUCGACUUGCCACCAGGGUUCCCAGAGGUCGCGCCUACUGCCUCUGCUAAUCUUCCGAUUCCAGUAGAUCUCCGGUCUCUUCAGGGCGAAUCACUGAAGGACAUAAUUUUGCAGUACGAGUCGGCGAUCGAGACGUAUCAAGAUUUUUGGGAUGUUAUGGAGGACGUUGACAAAAGAGUAUGGGUUAUGGAGCCCGAUCAUCCUUCUCGAGCUGAUGCAUUUCGUCGCAUCGCACUUGGUGGUCAUUGCUCCUUGUCGAUAGUGGUGGAUCCUCUUUCACCUCGAUCCGUUCCAGAGUGCCGUUUCUUUGGUUCUGAUGCAGUUAUAUCUCCACUCAGAAGACGACUUAAUUCUGGACUAAGGAAAUGGGAUCGGAGCCGGCCUCUGAUAGCUAAUUUUGAAGAAGUGCUAGAGAUAACGUUUCCUUCAGCCCAAGAAACUGACAAAGAAGACAUGAGUGCUGACUGUGGCAUCUGCUAUGCCUAUCGUGCACAAGACGAUGCUCUAUGCUCGGAUGUGGGGACCCUACAGGGAAGCGUCCCCGAUCGCGUUUGCGAUAAUCCAAAUUGCGCAAGACCGUUUCAUAACACCUGUCUUUUGGAAUGGCUACGAUCGAUCACAACUACUCGCCAGUCAUUUGAUGUUCUUUUCGGGCAUUGCCCCUAUUGUUCUCAUCCGAUAGCUGUCAAGAGUACCCAUGGUUAAUGAUACCUGGCCUUUAUAUGAAGAUAGGCAGCUGUGAAAUAUGCUGAUUCUGGGUGUUUCAAGUAAUUGGGUCCACUACAUGUGGAGGUGGUAGAGUACAUCUGACGCCGUAAUCAGAGGUAGUGUUAGAAUUUGGGAAGAUAGCCACUCGACUACUUAGCCUUUCUUGAAAGAUUUCUGACGAUCAGGUUCUUCUGUCACUGUAAACGCUAGGUACUCUGAGGCCACUACGGCUCAUGCAGAGAUUUCCGCAAGCCAACAGCUUUGACUAGCACUGGCUGAAGGACUGCCUCUUUUGGUUUGUAAAUAUCGUGAUCAUAAGGGACAUGCAUUCAUUUCAGGCUUAAAUUCCC